ACACGCCCAAAGAGUCCGCUUACACCUACCCUUUGAAUGGUCCGUUCACCUUUCAAUCAGUCCAAAUAUGGCAAGGAGCGAGCCAAUAGCGAGCCUCAUCGAAGGGAAGAGGCGGUUACUUUUACCGGAAGUGUUGGUUAAAAUACCUCCAAUCAGCGGCUGUGUGCGGGAAGUUUGAAUUUUUUCGAUUCUUGUGAUAGACGUUCCUUCUUCGGAGGCGGCGGUGGUCUUCCAGGCCCAGAGAGUUCCUUUUAGUUUGGUUGAGGUUUAACGCUAGAAACUGCCUCAGGAUGUCUUCAUCACAUUUUGCCAGUCGGCACAGAAAGGAUUUAAGUACUGACAUGAUUAGAACUAAAAUUGCUCAUAGAAAAUCACUGUCUCAGAAAGAAAACAGACAUAAGGAGUAUGAACGAAAUAGACACUUUGGUUUGAAAGAUGUCAACAUUCCAACCUUGGAAAGUAGAAGUCUUCUUGAAUUAGAUGAGACAUCUCAAGAGCUUGUUCCAGAAAAGGCCAUUAUCAAGCCAAAGUCAACAAAAACUGUUGUCUUUGAUCAACGAAAACAGAUGCUCCAAAAAUACAAAGAAGAAAAACAACUUCAAAAAUUGAAAGAGCAGAGAGAGAAAGCUAAACGAGGAGUAUUUAAAGUAGGUCUUUAUAGACCUGAUAUGCCUUGUUUUCUUUUCUCAAACCAGAAUGCUAUGAAAGCUGAGCCAAAAAAGGCCGUUCCAUCUUCUGUACGGAUUACAAGGUCAAAGGCCAGAGACCAAAUGGAGCUGACUAAGAGUGAUAAUGGGAUUGAUGUUCGAGCAAGCCGACCUGAUCAAAGGCAGACUUCUGAAAAGAAAGUGUUGGACAAAGAGAAAAAAGCUGUACAACCUGUAAUGCUGCCAGUGAGAAUGACUCGAUCAUCUACUCAAGCAGCAAAGCAGAUUGUCAAAGAAAUCCGGUCUACAGCAGCAAGAAAGCCAGAGACAAGGGCCAUUAAUGGUAAUGAAGCAGACAGAAAGGCACCAAAUCAAGGAAAACCUGCCAAAAAGAUAGGAACAAAACCUGACAAGGUCAUUUCUUUUAAAGUUGAUAAUGAAGAAAAUACUUUGGAUUCACAAACCAGGGCAACAAAUGGAAUGAAUCCAGAUGGAGUCUUAUCAAAAAUGGAAAAUUUAUCUAAGACAAACAGUGCAAAAAUGAAAGGGAAGAAUUCCUUUGCACCUAAAGAUUUUAUAUUUCAGCCACUAGAUGGUCUGAAGACCUAUCAAGUAACACCUAUGACUCCCAGAAGUGCCAAUGCUUUCUUGACACCCAGUUAUACCUGGACCCCGUUAAACACAGAAGUUGAUAAGACUGAAGCAACAAAAGAAAUCUUGGCACAAAAAUGUAAAACUUUCUCUGCCAAAACAGUACCUCAAGAUUCAAGUAAAUCACAGUGUCCUUUGAGUUCUCUAACAGUUUGGAGUAAAGAACAUGUCUCAAAUAAAAAUGAAACUACUAAUGAAAAUUCAAAUAGCCUUUCAGUAAAAGAAGAAGUCCCAUCACUUGAAGUAAAUGAAGAUCAGUUAUCUCAGCCACAACAUGAUGUGCCAUAUUUCAGAAAUAUUCUCCGGUCAGAAACUGAAAAGUUAACUUCACACUGCCUUGAGUGGGACAGAAAACUUGACUUGGACAUUCCAGAUGAUGCUAAAGAUCUUAUUCGCACAGCAGUUGGUCAAACAAGACUCCUUAUGAAAGAAAGGUUUAAACAAUUUGAAGGACUUGUGGACAAUUGUGAAUAUAAACGAGGUGAAAAGGAGACUACUUGUACAGAUCUGGAUGGAUUUUGGGAUAUGGUUAAUUUUCAGAUAGAAGACGUAAACCAAAAAUUUAGCAAUCUAACCAAACUUGAGGAAUCUGAAUGGCAAAACAAUAACAAUACAAGCAAAAAAGUUUUUCGG